ACUUGACUUUUAACAGUGGACACUUUACUUACACUGAGUCCAAACAUGUCUUCAGCAGAGAUCCUCGGAGUGGCCCUGGCUUUCCUGGGAUGGAUCUUAUCCAUUGCGUCUUGUGUUUUGCCCAUGUGGGAAGUGACAGCUUUUACUGACAGGAGCUUCAUCACUUCUGAAAUGACCUGGGAGGGCAUUUGGAUGAGCUGCAUGUUUCGGAGCACAGGUCAAAUUGCCUGUGACAUUUAUGAUUCCAUCUUGGAUCUGAAAGAGGUCACUCAGGUUGCUCGUGCCCUCACUAUCACCUCCAUUGUGUUGGGAAUUCUGGGACUUUUUGCAGCCAUUAUAGGGGCAAAGUGGACCACCUGUUUGGAUGAAGAGGCAGCCAAGGCUCGAAUGAUGAUAGUCGCUGGUGUGGCUCUUAUCCUAGCUUCUCUGACCCAGAUCAUACCUGUGUCAUGGUUUGCCCACGAUAUUGUUAAAGACUUCUACCAUUCAGGAGCAGAAGUUAAGGGGGAGAAGAAAGAGUUCGGUGAAGCUUUGUACCUGGGCUGGGCUGCAGCUGUUUUUCUUCUCAUAGGAGGCGGCAUCUUCGUGUCCAGCUGGCACCAGAAGCGUCAGAAAAAGUACGGGCCUCCGUCAAAGAUAUACUCUCAACCAAAGUCCGUCACCCCCAGUGACUACGAUAAGAGAGGCUAUGUCUGAAAAAACACAUCUGCUCUAUUCUCACAUCUUUGCCAUCAUGGAAGAGACGGCUCAGUAGGAGGAGGAGAGUCAUUCCUUAGAAACUUUAAUCUGUCUGCUUUCAUGCUGAGAGGAAAACUCCUCAUUCUGGCAUGGUGUAUCCCAUUUUUGUCAUAUCCUACAACAACUUUGCUUUCCAUUUGGACUCUUUUUUUUAAUCAACAGUGACCCAUUUGACUGCAAAUAUGUCACUGUUGGAAGAGCUGAGGCUAACAACUAUAUAUAUAUAUAUAUAU